UUUUGCAAGCCUGAAGCCGCAGUCACUCGAACAGUUCUGACCCGGUGCGACGUAUACUCAUAUCAAAACAGCCUUCAGGAUGAGAAUAUCCUGUUCCAGCCUUCAAGAUGUCGUCAGAAGGCUACUCGGAGGUGGAGCUGGAGGCCAUGCCGGACCGGAUAUCGGCCACCUUCUCUGGCGUCCGGCUCUUCGUCACCGGCGGAACCGGAUUCAUGGGGAAGGUGCUGGUGGAGAAGCUUUUGAGGAAAUGUCCCGACAUCGGUAAAAUUAUUUUGCUCGUGCGAGAGAAGAAGGGCAAUCCGCCGGCGAAGCGACUAGAGGAUAUGCUUAAUGAUGAGCUGUUCGCGAAGCUGCGGGAAGCGAAGGGUGGUGUGCAGCCGCUGAUGGAGAAGAUGGAGGUGGUGGUGGGCGACGUGAUGCAGCCCGACCUCGGCAUCUCCAAGGCCGACCGCCAGAUGAUCAUAGACGACGUCGACAUCAUCAUACACGCUGCGGCUACCAUCAGAUUCGAUGAAGAGUUGAAGAAAGCGGUGCUGAUGAACGUCAGGGGAACCAAACUGGUGAUAGAACUGGCCAAACAGUGCAAGCACCUCAAACUGCUGAUGCACGUGUCGACGGCGUACUGCCACCUGCACGAGAAGCUGCUGGAGGAGCGGCCGUACCCGCCGCCCGCCGACCCGCACAAGGUCAUCGACGCCAUGGAGUGGAUGGACGAGGAAACAGUCGCCACCAUCACGCCCAAAGUGCUGAGCAAGCUCCCGAACUCGUACGCGUUUACGAAGGCUCUGGGAGAAGCCUUGGCCGUGGAGGCCAUGGAACACAUACCCGUCAUGGUCCUGCGACCCUCGAUUGUGAUUCCCAUCUGGCAAGAGCCAAUACCAGGAUGGACAGACAACAUCAACGGACCUACCGGACUGUUGAUUGGUGCUGGUAAGGGCGUGAUCAGGUCUAUGUACUGCAAGGGUAACAGCUAUGCCGACUACCUGCCCGUCGACAUCUUCAUCAACGGCAUCAUGAUCUGCGCCUGGAACUACUUGACCCUAAAGGACACGAAGACGACGGUUGUGAACUUCACAUCGUCAGCGGAGAUCAAGAUCACGUGGCAGGAGAUGAUCGAGGCGGGCCGCGAGAUCAUCAUGGAACGUAUGCCUCUAAAUGGUGUUGUAUGGUACCCCGGCGGUUCGAUGAAGCACUCGCGGCUGCAGCACAACAUCUGCGCGCUGUUCUUCCACUGGAUCCCGGCCGUGCUGGUCGACAUCCUGCUCUAUUGUCUCGGAUACGACCCUGUGUUACUAAGAGUCCAUCGACGCAUCAGCAAAGGUUUUGAUGUGUUUGAAUACUACACUAACAACCAGUGGGACUUCAAAUCCGAUAUCGCUCAGACCUUGAGAGAGAAGCUCAAUCCACGAGAGAGAAGAGAUUAUAAGAUAGACGCUGUCGGUCUCGACAUAAUGAAAUACUUCGAAGACUGCAUCAGAUCGGCGAGAAUAUUCAUACUGAAGGAGUAUGAUGACACUCUCCCUGCAGCCAGACGGCACAUGAAAGUAAUGUGGUUCGUGGACCUGAUCACUCGCUGCGUCUUCUGGUUCUUCAUCGUUUACUGGCUCAGUGGAUGGAUAUCCACCUUCUACACUUUUCUAAUGGGCUCGCGGGAGACGCUCAGCACAGAGGAAAUUAUGUAAAGAAAUUAUAAAGCGCCAUCUGUUUUUGACAAUUGAAAGUUUGUCGAAAAACUGUCGAUUGUUACCGAUAGAUGGCGCAGAUGAGUUGUAUAUUUUGUUGUUAUUAGUGAAUCUUGUAUUUGUAAAUGUUGUAUAGACUUCAUGCCUGAAUUAAAUAAGACUUUUUCUAGUAUUGUGUGAUAUAAAAAUAGUCUAAAUGUAGGAUGUAUCAUGUUACCUUCCGCUACGAGGAGCGAGUAUUUGAAUUUGCAGGUAAUGAUAAUAAUUAUGAGGACUAUGUUUUUUAUUUCAUUUAAAUCACUCUCUAUUAUAAUUCAUAUAAGCAUGUUUGUAUAGUUUAAAACUGCUAAGUAAAUAGUAAAUCGUCUCUCACCAACUUGUGUUAGGUUUAGGUACUCUUAUAGCUUUAAUGAUUUUUAAGUUUUUAAAUAAAUAAUAUGAUAUUCAA